AUGGUGAUUGUGUGGGUGUUAGUGAGGAGAAUGCGAAAGAGAUGGAUGGAUGGACGUGUCGAGAUUGCAUCCAGGAAACAAAAAGAGCACGUCAGGAGCAGGAGCUCUACUGCACGUGUCGUACCCCUUACAAUGAUAACGAGUAAGUUCUACGUUGGCUGCGAAAGCUGUGAGGGUUGGUUCCAUCCGAAGUGCGUAGGAAUCACACAAGAAGAAGCUGAAGCUAUGGACGAGUAUGUAUGUCCUUCGUGCACUGAAGCACAGACGACCCAAGGCUAUGAAUCAGCCACCAGCUCGGCGAGUAGUACUCAUGCCACUCUUUGUCGAGCUGACUAUCCUCUUGUGUGGCGUCUUCUCGAGUGCGUCGCUGAUCACCGUAUGUCGUGGCCGUUCCGUCAGCCAGUUGACCUUGAAGAGUUUCCCAAUUACUUGGACGUGGUGGAGAACCCGAUUGACCUUUCAAUCAUCCAACAACGACUGGAAAAUCUCGAAUACCAACGUUUGAAAGACUUCACGCGAGAUAUGUCCCGAUUGUUUGAAAACGCCAGGAUUUUCUAUCCGCGGGAUAGCAACGUCUAUCACUGUGCAGAUACAUUGGAGAAGAUAUUUGAGCAUGCGUUGGCUGAGGUCAGAACAGAAAUUGACGCACGUGUGAAUGGAAGAAAGGUAGCCAUCGUUUCUGUUAUUUUCUGUGUU